AUGGCCAUCACCACCACCACAAGCUAUGCAUUGCCUGCCCAAAACAAGGUCGACUGUGUAAAUUACAAAACAGACUUUAGCGUGACAACACAAGGAUGGAUUGCCGACCAUACGUUCCAAGAUACAUAUGAUAUGACAUCGGAUAAAGGCAUUGAAAUGAAGCUCAUGCCACCUACGCGAUACGUGCGUAUGCAUGAUCAACAAAAUUUGCCCUAUAAUCAAUACGAAGGCAGUGGUCCCACAUUCAAUGCAUCCACGUAUAUGCACUAUGGACGUGUCUCAGCUACUAUUCAAUCCGCCAAUGUUGGAGGAGCCAUAGCUGCCGUUAUUUUGAUCGCUGAUGGUGGCGAUGAGAUUGAUUUUGAAUUACUGGGUGGUGAUCCAAAUCAUGUACAGACCAACUAUUUUUGGGGUCAUGAAGUGCUUUACACGGUCAAUGGUGGUUUCCAUGAGGUCCCUGGUGGUGCUGUAUAUGAUAGUUUACAUACAUAUACCAUCGACUGGAGCCCAGAACGUAUUCAAUGGUUUGUUGAUGGUGAACUUGUACGUACACGUGAACGAAAAGACACAUGCGAUGCGUCUGGAGUAUGUAAAUUUCCAUCGGAACCAGCUCGUAUCCAAAUUGGACUAUGGGAUGGAAGCAUUGAAUCCGGCACUGCACAAUGGUCGCGAGGUCCUAUUGACUGGACAGCCCAUGAUUCGAUUUCUGCAUACAUCAAGAGCAUAGAAAGCGAGUGCAAUCCUGAAUACAACAACAUCAUUGGUUGA